UAACACACACUGCAUUGUGAUCACUAUCCAUGUCCACUGUCCAGUUCGCAUCAAUUUUAGAUUUUGUGUAUUCGUCGCAAUAGAAGUCACCACGUUAGACACACGCUUUUGUAGCAAGAACAGUUGUUUCGAAGGUGGAUCAAACUUUGAACAGAAUGAAUGCUAAAGUGAUUUUAAUUUGCCUAAUGGCUGUUGUUGCCACAAACGCAUACAGUUCCGGGGCUCCCGACGACGCAUGCUUCGAUAUGGUUCCACAGCAUGGCGUCAAUCCACAGUCAACAGUUGCACCAUACCGAGUGUUUUUAUCGCAAAGUCAAAUAAGAUCUGGUGGUAAGGUCGACAUUACGAUACAGGGCGUGAAGCGAUCCGACACAAUCAAAGGAUUUAUGAUUCAAGCUCGAGUGGGAGAGUCACCAACCGGUAGAUGGUUGGUUGAUAAAAAUCACGCCUUUGGUCAGACAUUGGAUUGCGGUAGAGGAUCUGGUAAUGCUAUCACGCAUAAAAGAAUCAAUGGUGACGGCGUUGACAGCCUAACAUUCACAUGGCAAGCACCAGCACAAUUGUCAGCAAAAGUACACUUCCGAGCAACGAUUGCAUUAAAUGGUGGUGUAUUUUGGGUCGGAGUCGUAUCGGAUUAUCUUUCAGUAUUUUAGUGACGUCACAACUGAUAAACAUUCCAUAUUGGUUUAACAUUAUUUUAAACUUGGGAAUCUCUUUUCAUUCCGACCAAAUGGUUGUCUUUUCUUUGUUAAUUAUAUUAAGUUUUUAUGUACAUCAUGUAAACUUCUUUCCGUUUGACGAUUUUAGAAAAUAAAUUAUUGAAACACUCAU